AUGCUUCAGAAGAAUGUUUAAUUCGGAACGUGGAUAUUUCCAUGUCCAACCUUUCAAGGUUGAAAGGAUUGAUCUUUUCAUAACCUUCUUGUGCUUCUAUACCCCCAGGAACUUUGGGUCCCACGACUCUGUCGAUCCGCUCUUCACUCACCCCCAACGGUACAGCCUCUCGAAUAGCACGGUUCAUGCGUCCAAUAUAAUUGGGAUGGUUCCCGGCUCUUUUCGAUACUCCUCUGGAUAUCCCAACACUCCGAUUUGGUCAUCAUGUAGCUUUAGCUUUUCCUUCCAAGUAUCGUCGUGCCAGAGUACAACAUCCACUUUCACGUAG